AUUCCCCAGUGUCCUAUGCUCUGAGCCUAUAACAGCCAUACAACAGUAUCACACAAUCUUUCCUAAGGCUUGGGGGUGAGAGGAUAUGUGAAACACCAAAUCAGUGCCGUGUUUCUUGGCCCAGGAGCACAGGCUCAAUACCACAAUGCAGGACUUGACUUUCAAGGCUCAGGAUGGCAUUAGAAGCAAUGGAAUGGUUUACAGGGUAUGUCUCCAGCCACCCAAUAGAUGCUUCCACUACGGUAAACACAUAGCACUUGCCUUGGCAGGUUCAGAGUGUGGUCUAGAACAGUCAGUCUGCCAGGCCUCACCAUACUGAUAUCCCAGACAGCUCCCUCCCUCUGCUCCAAGGAGACUUUACUCACAUGGGUCACUUGGUUGCAGUGUAAGGGGCCCACCCCUCAAUCACAGGACCAUUUUUUCAUUGUAACUCUCCCAGUUAUGGCCCUUAUCUUGAAUUCUUCAUGCAUUUUUGUCCUGUUUUCUCCCCAUGUCCUGUAGAGGAGGGGGGUGUAAGUGGCUCAGUGGGCAUCUGGCUGCUGGCCAAGGUUAACCCACCACAGUCCUUUUUCUGGUACCCAACGUGAGGUAUGCAGAUUUCAUCCAGUAACGCCCUAAUCUGCAGUCAGAUGCUGCUGGCCUAGGUCAAUCCAGCACAACCCAAACCUUUAAGACAUUUCUCAUAGCUGGAGAAGGCUUUUGCCCAGAGCAAAGGUCAGGCUUGCCUCAGGUGACCUCUUGACUGAGUUUUUGACUGUAAUAUCAGCAGAACAAAAUGCAAAGCUGCUGAGAAAUGCAUGUGACUAGCACUUCUGCCCAACAAGGACAAGACAGCCUAUCAAGGUGUUGAACACAUUCAGUGAAACUUGGUUAAAUGAAUAAUCUUUUAAAUCAACCUUUGCCCAAUCAAAGUCCAGCCUUACUUAUAGGUACAGCCACAGGAGAAACACUAAAAGAGAACCCCUGGGAAGGCUACUCUACAUAGAUAUACAGAGAUGACUUCUGUCCACCAGCCCCGAGAAUGCAAAGUGACCAAAAAGCCCCAAAAGACCUACGGAUUCUACUUGCGCAUCGAGAAAGACACGGCAGGGCACAUCAUCCGCAACGUGGAGCAGAACAGCCCAGCCGAAAAGGCUGGCUUGAAGGAUGGAGACAGAGUCCUCAGGGUUAAUGGUGUGUUUGUAGACAAGGAGGAACACGCACAGGUGGUGGAGUUAAUCAAAAACAGUGGGAAUUCCAUUGUACUUCUUGUUCUGGAUGACACAUCCUAUCACAAGGCACAAAAGGAGGGAGUGAACCUGGAAGAGCUGGCUCAAAAGGCAUCAACAGGACAGCAGGAGGAGCAGUCCCCACCAUCCAUGGCCACUGCAGUUCCACAACCCCGGCUCUGCUACCUCGUGAAGGAGGAGAAAGACUAUGGCUUCUCCCUGAAAACCACAGAAGGACAGAAGGGGUUGUUCAUAGUAGAGCUUUCACCACAAGGAGCAGCUGCAAAGGCUGGUGUCCAAAAUAACGAUCGCCUGAUUGAAAUCAAUGGGGAAAACGUGGAAAAUUACACACACGAGGAAGUGGUGGAAAAGGUAAAGAAGUCUGAAAAUCAUGUUAUGUUUCUACUUUCAAAUGAAGAAACAGACCGUUAUUUCACAAGCCAGAAGAAGGUACUGAGCAAGGAGAGCGCCAGCCUAGGAUUGCUUCCCCUCAGACCACGGCUCAUUGAGAUCCAGAAAGGGAACAGCGGUUACGGAUUUUAUCUACGGAUGGAACAAAAUACUGGUGAUCACAUAAUCAAGGAUGUAAAUUCCGGGAGCCCGGCGGCCACGGCGGGUCUCAAGGACAAUGACAUCUUAGUGGCCGUCAACGGAGAGCAAGUGGAUGGUCUGGACCAUGAAAGCGUAGUGGGAAAAAUCAAGCAGUCUGAGGCCAAAACCACACUGCUGGUCGUGGAUAAGGACACUGAUGCCAUGUAUAAACUGGCUCAAAUUUCCCCCUUCUCAUACUACUACAAAGCACAGGAUUCAACUCCAGCUAAAGUGGAAGAAAGAGUGGAGUUGCACACUGAGCAGAAAGUGAACCACAAGCCAAGAAUCUGCAAGAUGGUGAAAGGGCCUGGUGGAUUUGGUUUCAGUUUAAACAUGAUCAAGAACAAGCCUGGACUGUUCAUCAGUGAGGUACGGAACGACGGGCCAGCUGACAGGGCAGGUGUACAAAACGACGACUUCUUGGUGGAAGUGAAUGGAGUAAACGUGAUCGGUGAAUCCUACGACAAAGUGGUGGUAAGAAUCCAAAACGGUGGUGACAGACUAACACUGCUGGUGUGCAGCAAAGAUGCUUACAGGUACUUCCAAGGCCAGAACAUUCCCAUCACAGCCUCGAUGGCAGAUCCAGCCCAUGACACUCCUGAACCUCCUGCUUACACAGAAAACCACCUGCCAGAGCCAGAGAGAAACUCACCCGAACCAAGGGAAAGGGCAGACUCAUCCUCCUCUUCACAAUCAGAUGCCUCCACAAGAGCUGCCAGUUACAACAAUGAUGACACAAAGUUGUGAGGAGACAACAACAAAAAAGAAACCACCUAAAUCUUUCUUCAGUAAUUUUUUGCUACUACACCUCCCAGAACUUGCUUAUUCCAAGGAGUGCCGUGCCUGCAAAGGACUGCAAUCUCUUUCUGAAAUAAACACUUCAGUGUAACUUGCAUCCCUUUAACACCCUGCAAUUGUACCUCAUUGGCUUUCUGUCCUGUAAAGUGGGCAGUUACUCACUUACUGAUGAAAAGGCUUAAAUAACUACAAGGAUAUAAUUAAGGACUGCAGUAGAAGACAUAAACAUUUUAUAGAUUUGUAAGUAUCUCAGCCUUUUAAAGGUAAGCUCUUAAUAUAGAGCAACUGAUUUCUCCCCAACUCCCAGGGGAGGCAGCUCUCCCCCUAAUCCAAGUCCAUCAGCUCCAUCCCAGUGUCAACUCUGCUGUACUCCCAGUAAUACAACUGCUGUGAAGUGGAACAAGCUGAUGUACUCCAGGCAUUUUGGUGCUUCUUCCUGCUAACAUUGCAGAAAUCCCUUUCAAACACUAAGCUCACUUUGUGAUUCGUAACUCGAGAUAGUUAAGCACCCUUCUCUCUCCUCUGCUGUGGAUCAUGGUGGUUAGAAUAGCAUAACAUAAUUCAGUCAUGCAGGUUUGUCUAACCCCAAGUCAAAGCCACUUUGACCUUGAUGUGACACAAAUGGCUCUGUAAUACUGCUGCUGUUAUAC